AUGGGUUUGUCGCAAAGCAGGCACUGCUCCAAGGACAGGUGGCUUUCUUUGGCGAACUUCUUCCUCUCAUGGCCCCUGGGCUCAACGACAUGUGCCUCAGUUCUGAUGCUAGCGUCCCUCUAUGUCCUGAAAGAGUAUCGCCAAAUGUUACGAACGACACGCAUACGAGGGCCUAAGAGUCCAAGUUGGGUGUUUGGAUUCGCCAAGAUUUUGGUAGAUUCCACCGCUGCGACUGAACUGUACGAAUGUUGGUCCAAAGAGUACGGAUCAGUGUACAAGGUCCCAUACGUCAUGGGAGAGUCCAGGGUCAUACUAUGGGAUCCGAAAGCGGUUUCUCAUUUCUUUGCGAAAGACACUUGGUCGUAUCAUAAAACCCCGUUCCAGAAGAUCGCCCUUCGAACGACGGAAGAGGAGUGUUGUGGGCGGAUGGCGAAAGUCACAAAAGGUCGGUGGCAACGCAAGAUUCUCAACCCUGCCUUUAGCGCGGCUGCCAUUCGCAGUUUGACUUAUAUUUUCCAAGAUGCCGCUUACAAGGCAGUGACCGCUUGGGAUGCUGAGAUAGGAUCGAACCAAGGAACUCGUUGCGCUGUAAUUGAUGCUAAGCAAUGGAUGAAUCAUGUCUCACUCGACGGUGUGGGCAUAGCCGUCCUGUCCCAUGACUUUGGCGCACUCGACGGAAAAGACUCUGACGUUGCGCAGGUCCUGAAUGCAUUCGGUUCAUCCACCGGCGUUUCCCACAACCUGGUCAUCCUGGCACAGAAUUUUCCAUCCAUCCUAAAGUUACCUAUACCGCGCACACAAUUCUCCCAAAAGUUUAAUCUGAUCAUUGGCAAAAUAUGCCAGGAUAUGCUGUCGCGGACUCGCAAGGAAAAAGAGACUGGGGGCACUGAACAGGGGGAUAAGUCAUGUUUGGGUUUCCUCUUGAAAGCGGAGGAAUCUGGUGAUAGCGCAGGGCUAACUUCACAAGAAGUAGUAGACGAGGCAAAGGUGAUACUUCUCGCCGGCUUUGAGACAACUUCAGUCAGCAUGACAUGGGCCUUGAUAGAAAUUGCGAGGAACCCAGACGUCCAGACUGAGCUUCGUGACGAGUGUCUAAAGUUCGGGCCAUCCCCCUCAUAUGACGACCUCACGAAUAAGCUCCCGUACCUGGACGCUGUGGUUCAUGAAGUUCUCCGUCUGCACGCCCCAGUCAAGGAAAUUCCACGAAUGGCUAUGGAAGAAGACGUGAUCCCGCUCAGCGAGCCCGUGCGUACGACUUCCGGUAACUACACUGAUAGCAUAUGCAUCCCGAAGGGGACAGUGAUCGUUGUCCCACUGGCUGCACUCAAUUGCUCAGUUAGCAUGUGGGGCCCUGACGCAAAGGCAUUCCAACCUUCCCGGUGGCUCAUGGAGGACGCGGGCAUGCACAAGUCCAGAGAAAUCCUGCAUGGCUAUCGUCAUCUGAUGACAUUCGGCGACGGCGCGCGGAUGUGCCUAGGGAGACUAUUUGCGUUGACAGAGUUCAAGGCUGUGCUGUUCGUCCUUGUGCGAAACUUCGUGUUCGAAAUGGCAGAUGGCCCUGGGGCGAAGAUCGUGGAGAGUAUGGGGCCCUUGCCGAGACCGAGUGUGGUUGGAAGUGCUGAGGCUGGAUGUAGUGUGCCUCUCCGGGUGCGCCGCUUUGAGGUUUGAUUUCAGUCACAAAUAGAUAUGUAAUACCACUGUAAGUUAGCGACGACGUGCGUAGCUAGAGGCGAUGCGAGUGCGAAGGGGGUAGAUAGACCGCUGAAGGAAUGAUAAUGGUUAGAAUUAGCUUCAAAGGAGGGACGACGGAUACGAGAGCGAUCGUGAAUCGAUAAGAAAGAGUGAGCGCGUUAUAACGAUGAUAAGAAAAGAUAAGGAA